GCUACUUUAUUAAUUUACUUUGAUUAAUAUACCUUGUAUUUGUUGUCCAAAAUGGACAAUGCUAGAAAUAAAUUUUCCAAAACUGCUCUCAUUGCUGCUGCUGGUUUGGGAUUGGUAAUUGUUGUAGCCACAAAGCGAAAACGUAUUUUCCGCUACUUGAAAAAAAUUAAUGAUCCUAUGAAGCACAGACGUAUAGAAGUUAUUCAGACGGUAGAUGAUUGUCACAGGGUAGUUAGCGAAUUAAAAAAGGACUGUAAAACGCUAAACGUUUUAGGAUUCGAUUGCGAGUGGGUAACCGUUGGCGGUACCAGACGUCCAACUGCAUUGCUGCAAUUAUCGUCGGGUGAGGGUUUGUGUGCUCUCUUUAGACUAUGCUGCAUGAAACAAAUUCCUAAAAGCCUUAGAGACCUGUUAGAAGAUGACAAUGUUUUGAAGGUUGGAGUUGCACCUCAAGGUGAUGCCCAAAAAUUGGCUCAUGAUUAUAGCGUGGGCGUGGCCAGUACUUUCGAUUUAAGAUUUUUAGCAGCAUUAACAGGUAGAAAACCUGAAGGCCUAGCAAAGAUGUCAAAAUCGGUGCUAAAUGUAGAGUUAGACAAACACUGGCGUAUAGUGUGCUCAAAUUGGGAAGCUAAAGACCUCAGCGAGAAACAGUUAGAUUAUGCUGCCAAUGACGCUUUAGUUGCUGUUGAAAUUUUUAAGAAAUUGUCAAAUGAUUUGAUACCAAAAAGCUUUUGGCAAUCGAAAAGCGAUUUUCAGUGCAUCCGUGUAAAGUUGGAACCUUUCUAUGACGUUCAUUUUAAGGAAGGAUUUAUAGCAGAUUUAAAUAAAGAGCGAACAAAUAAAAAUGUAGCUAACUCCAAAGGUAAAAUUGACCGGAGUUGUCAGGGAAAAUCACAAGUUAGAGGUAUUAGUACCAGGUCGAAAGCUUUGUAUGACAAUUGUUUGUUGGAAGCUCCCGAUGGUGAGUUGUUAUGUACAAUAGAUAGGCGAAAGGCCAAAUGGUAUUUGGACCAGUGUCUUGGAUCUCAAGUGAAGUCAGAGCCAUUUACGGUCAGGCUUAAUUUUGAACCUGCUGGUAGAGCAGUAGGAGAAGUUGGCAAAUAUUACCAAACACCAAAAGAAAAUCAAUGUGUUGUUUGUGGUCGCAAGGAAUCCUUUAUAAGAAAAAACGUGGUACCGCGAGAAUAUCGUAAACAUUUUCCUGAAGUAAUGAAAUCGCAUACAUCUCAUGAUGUUCUGCUAUUAUGCCCAACCUGUCAUCAAUUAAGUAAUAUUUCUGAUAUGAAAGUUCGACAUAAAUUAAGUCAUAUGUGCGAUGCACCUUUUAUCUAUAAGGAAGGCGCUUAUAAACUAAAAGAAAUUCCUGAACUUAGACAAAUAAAAUCGGCGGCUCGGGCAUUAUUGAAAUGUGGAAAUAAAAUUCCUGAAAAUAGACGAAAAAGUUUAGAAUCUACUGUUUUAAACCAUUAUAAGGAGGAAACUGAAAUUCAUUUAAAUCUGCUCCAAAAAGCUUCGGAAAUUGAUACAAAAAUAACGAAUGAAAAUUACUCCCAACAUGGUGAAAAAGUUGUACAAAAAUUUCAGACAGAUCAUGGUGGACUUUUGGAAUUAGAAAAAAUAUGGCGUGAACACUUUAUUCACACAAUGCAGCCGAAAUAUUUACCCUCUCUUUGGAAUAUCAAUCACAAUGCUAACAGAUUAGAAAUCAGAGCUAAAGAAGGAAGAGUCAAUCAAGAGGAUCUUAUCCUAGCUGGUGUAUUGUUGGAAGAAUAAAAAUUAUAAAAUAAGUUUAAAGUGAGAAAAUUACUUUGUUUCAAAAUUCAUUAAGAUUUUAGAGAUUACCAACUGAAUUCACAUUUUGUAAAAUACCUUCUAGGUUACAUAAUAAAUUGUAGAUAGAUAAAUUUGUACAUUUA